UAUGGCGGACACCUUGUGAAAAGUGAACGAGAAUAGGAAAUUUUCCAUGUAAACAUGUAAUCCUUGGAAUAACGCUAAUUUUUCAGUAGAGAGGAGAGGAACUAAUCAAUCAUGCCUUCGGUCUCGGCUUUAAGCCGGACCGUUUCUGGUCCAAUAGGACUACACGAGGGGUCGAAAGAGUUACCACUUGUGGAGACCAUAGAACUUAUAGAACCCCGGAGAGAGAAGACCGUUCCUAACCAUCUUCUAGAAACAAAAAUAUAUUCCAAAGUGUCUCAGAAUGCAUGUGUCCUUGCUAAACCUGCAAUCAUCCAUUUUGGAGGCUUUGAGGUGGAUAAGAAACAUGUACAAUCCCUACAGAUUGUCAAUGCCUCAACGGAGGUCAUUAGAAUGCACAUAAUUCCCCCACAAUCCAAAUACUUCUACUUAAAAUACAAGAAAACUGAACGCUUAGUGCCAGGUUUAACCAUUGACUGUACUAUAGAAUUCAGUCCAGAUGAAUGGAGAUAUUAUUAUGACUGCAUCAGAAUUAAUUGUCCAGGAGAAGAGAACCUCGUAAUUCCUAUCCAUGCCUACCCUGUGAUGAGUACGAGGGACUUCCCCACGCAGUUUAAUUUCCCACCUGUACCUGUCGGUCAUAAAAUGACACAGUUAUUUCCCUUGAGAUGUGAGGGACCAGUUGACUUUGAGUACCAGCUUAUUUAUGUACAACCACACCCCUCUUUCACUGUUCACCCAAUGAGUGGUAUUAUUCCGGCUCACGGACAGACGGAGGUGUCCGUUACUUUUGCUCCCCUGGAGUUUCAGACAGCGCUAAUGAAGAUCCAGCUGACUAUUUCCCAGUUUAACUCCCAGCCAAUCGUGUGCACCUUUUCUGGAGUGUCUACGCCUGGCCUCUUAAAGGAGAUUUCUAUGCAAUCCCAAGGAAUUGUAGACAACAAUAUUCUGGACCCUAGAUGUCUCUCACCACUGGACAGGUCCAGGGAGAAGAAGAAACUGUCAUUUAAAAUAAAAUCCAAGGGCUCUCAGCAACAAACACCACAAAUUCAGGAAAUGGAAUACAAUGGGGUUCGUUUUCCUCCCAAGUUGGACACUCCUUACGCUGUGGCCCAGGUCCUGAACCAGGAGCCCGGGAAACUCCGGGCCAAGGAUCUCCGAGAUACUGUGCUGGCUCAAAAACAGUCAACUAAUAAACCAGCCACCAGACAAAUGAAGGAAGCUAUGUUUGAGCACAAGGUGAGACAGAAUGUGUAUGAAGAGAGACAGAAUCAACUCAGGUGGCAGGUUAAACUCGGCGAUGAUCAGAUCACAAACUCAGCUCGAGCACAGAUCCUGGAAGAACGAGAUCAGUCCUGGAAUGAGUAUAAGAUGUUGCAAAUCUUAUUAGACACAUGUUACGAUCGCCGUGGUGAUCCAGUCAUUGAGGAGGAGUACAAGAGGACAGAAACAAAGUGUACAUUUCGGCGGACAUUUCGUGACCACACAGAACUAGCCCCUGAGACGGCCAUGUUUGAUACGUACAGUAAUGACUUGUGGGCUACUCGCCAUGCUGCCCUGGGAAAAUUUGCUCAAGCUGCAAGAAAGGUGAUUAUUCACAUGAGAGCUAACUGGAAGAUUAAGGUGCUGAAGAAGGUAGUACAAGAUAUCCUAGAGCAAGAGAGAAAUGUGGAGACCAGGACAGCUCUGUUGGAGAAGAAGGAAAAAGAGGAGGAGAUGGAGUUGAUUCCUCACGACAUUCAGAUAACCUCAGACAAGAUCAAGAAGUACACCUUCCCCACCUACGUACCUCCCAAUGUUAAAGAUGAUAUGGCCCCCGAUGCUCUAGGGAAAGUCCCCUACAAGCCAUCAGAGGUUGUAGUGAAGAGGAAAGUACCUUAUUUUAAUCUGAAAGUUCCCAAGCACUACACACUACUGGGAUACAAUAAACAUCUGGUUCACGAGGCCUCCAGGGGGUAUGUGGCCCCGAAACUGGCACGUCCCCUCCGAACAGGGGCAGAGGAUGAAAGUAUCAGAAUUGCAGUACCUGCUGAGGAAACUGAGGUUUUGGCAGUAGAUUCUGGAGAAGAAGACACCACACAGGAAGUGACGCGUGCGGGGUCAGCUGUGAAGAAACCUCAGCCAUUGGUUGCUCUUGUUCCACCCAAAGCUCUGUUCCAACCAAUAGAAUACCCCUCUCUACAUAUCUUUAACCCCGCCCCUGGUCUACAGGUGUUCCAGGCACCUGUUCCUUACUCAGAAACUGACACCGACUUCCACCUGUGCCCUAUCCCCACAUAUUUCAAGAAGGACUUUGCCACUAACCCCCACUCUGCCACCCAGAGAAGAUACUUAGACAGGGAGGAUGUAGUCCGAGGCAUCAUGGGAUGGAAGAAGUUCCCCUCGCAGGGUCUGACCUCUCUCGCUAACACCCCCACCCUCACCAGUGUGUGGGUACCCAGGUGGGACGACCAGUUUGGUAGUGACCUACUUCCUGAGGAAGUCCCCGUCCUGCUAGAUCAGCUGCCAGAAGAUGACCAACAAAACAUUGAAGAUGAGGAGAAUGAAAAUUUUACACAAAGUCCCGAAAUGUCCUUAACCCCAGAUAUGGUGUCUGCUCAAUUUUCAAUUAUUGACCCCAAAGUUCCAACAGAAGAAAAAGUUGCACCUGAUACGUUCCCACACGGAAACAAGCUCCCUUCAACCAACAUUCCAGUGUCAACUUAUGGUCCAGUGCCAAGAGAGAAGAGAGAGGAGGAGCUAGAAUUUUUCAUGACCAAAAAAUACAAUCGUUUAGGAUCCAAAAUUCAAUCUAAAAAUACUACUCUAUCCAAUUCUGUCACAGAUCCAAACUUAUUACUGAAGUGAGAAUGGGUUGCUCCUAUAGAAGACAGUAUUUGUAACUCAUUCACAUUGAAAGUUUGUGCACGUGUUUAUAAACUGAAUUUUAUUAAAUAAUUUAUAAUUCAGAGAUGUGCAUUCACAGGAAAUUAAUGUAUGUUCUUUAUGAUAGAGAAAGAUAUUUACAGUGCUUUAAAAGGCAGUCUCUCUUAUGUUCAGGAACUGUCUUAAUAAUGUGAAUUCUCAAAAAUAUAUCCUGGAUUUUUUUCUUAUGGAAAAUCUAUGGUGUGAAGAAUGUUACAAUUGUUAUAAAGUAUAAGAAAUCAGAAAACUUUAAUGUGGUUCAAUCCAAUAUCAGCCGUCCAGUUUUAAAAUGAAUGUCUGUGAUAUUUAUUUCUGAUCAUAUAUUUUAAGAUAUAAAUAAAAUAUCUAUUUAUACCUGAU